UAUCUCACUACGAGUAUAGUAUACACACACACAUAUAGAUAGAUUUUGGAUAUAUAGUAAUGGAGCGAGUAGCUAAGGCGGCGUCGCAGAAGGCGGUGGUGAUCUUCAGCAAGAGCACGUGCUGCAUGUGCCAUGCAAUCAAGAGGCUGUUCUAUGAGCAAGGCGUUAGUCCCCUCAUUUACGAGUUGGACCAAGAUUUUUGUAAUGGCCGCGAAAUGGAGCGAGCCCUUCUCCGGCUCGGCUGCAACCCCGCCGUCCCCGCCGUCUUCGUCGGCGGCCGAUUUGUCGGCUCCGCCAACACCGUCAUGACCCUUCACAUCACCGGCGCCCUCAAGAAGAUGCUCAAAGACGCUGGAGCUCUCUGGCUCUGACACUCAAGAUCACACUUUUUUCUUUUUUCAAUUCCCUUUUUUUGCAUUGGAAUAAUAACAUAUCAUAAUUCUUCAAAAUUAAGUUUCAUAAAGCUAGUGGCUUCAAUUGGGAUUCACAAAUCAAUAAUGUAUAUGUCAAUUUGAUACUAGAAUAUUGGCAACCAUAUGUUUAUGUAAUAUGCAUGAAUUUACAAAGUGUGAUAUUUUGUGUAAA